UAUUUAUAAAUUCAAACUGUUAAAGGGUAGCGAACGAAAUGUUUGAAAACAAUGGCGCUGGACAAAUCCACAUUCGAAACUAUUGCUCCAUCUCGAUUCAUCUCCUUCACCUUUCCCAACCCUUCUCUUUCCAACUCACUCCUUCGAAUAUCCGUCCUUGACUCACCGAUAUACCCCCUCAAAUCACCUCGAGUUGCCGCUAUGUUCGUCCCCAAACGCCGCGAGUCCGAUUGGAUCUUCUCCACCGAAUCGGGUCAUUUCCAGCUUCUCCACAACUCGCCUGGAAUUUCCCGUCUAAUUCUAGUCGGAAACCUACCCAUCAAUGAUAGUAGUCCACCAGAAUUUUACCGCCGUCCCGUGGAUAACGACGAGUCGUUACAGAGCGGACUCGAGGUGAGCUUGAAGCCUCUUUUUCUUGCUUUAUCACCCAAAUCUUGCUUUGAAAAUGGAAUCCCCGAAAUACCCAUUUUGCGUUACGAAGAUAAUGUAGUUCGCAGUGUGGUUUUAGGGAGGUUUAUUGGGUCUUUGGUUGGUGAAAUGGUGGUUGAAGAUGUGGAGAUUGAGGGUAGAAUUGAGCUGGUUUCGUGCCCAAAAAGGGAGUUUAGGAGACGGUUGAGGUUCAAGAGGAUGCCCAAUUUUAUUCAAACGGAGAUACCCAUUCUCCCCAAGAUGGGUUUGGGUUGCGAUUCUGCAGGAAUUGGUGAAGUUGAGUUUUUGCCUGAUAUUGGGGUUCUGGUACAUCCUUACUUAGCUCCUAUGGCGGCUAGCCUUAAGCUAGUUGGUAGCUAUAUUGAGGAUCGGAUACGAAGUGGAUUUAAGCCGAAAAGUUUGUGUCUUGGAGUUGGAGGUGGGGCUUUGCUUGCAUUUCUAAGAAACCAACUGGAUUUUGUGGUUGUUGGUGUUGAGGCGGAUGAACAAGUGGUAAGCGUUGCAAAGCAGUAUUUUGGACUGGAAGAUGAUGGACAUAUCAAGAUUUGGGUUGGGGAUGCAAUGGAUUAUAUUGAACGACUUGCUCAUCAAUCUUGUGACAAAAAUUCAGAUUGUGUUGAGACCGAAUUUGAUGUUGUCAUGGUUGAUUUAGAUUCUAGUGAUGUCAGAACUGGUGUAUGUGCUCCCCCUUUGGAUUUUGUAAGGAAGCAUGUCCUUUUGGCUGUUAGAUCAGUUCUUUGUGAUAAUGGACUUCUAGCUAUAAAUGUCAUCCCUCCAAGUGGUUCUUUUCAUGAGAUAAUUGUUCAUGAAUUUGGUGAGGUUUUUAGUGAGUUGUACCAAAUAGAUGUGGGAAAUGGGGAGAAUUUUGUUCUUAUUGCCACGAAGUCACCUGUUACGUUUCCUGUAAGUGAUUGUGAGAAUUCUUUUCUUAGCAAGCUAAAAGUGGUUCUCUCUGAUGCAUUCAUGGAUUCCAUUAGAAAAAUGUGAUGACCAGUGGUUGAAGGAAACUAGAGGAAUCUAGCUGUUUAAGAUCUUCUUCAAAGAUGAUGCAGGGGAGAGUAUGUUUUGGGAUGUAGACUAUCUUAAGUGGUCUCUCUGGAUUGAACAUUAUGAAUUAAUGCUGUUCCGUUGGGGACCAUUUUGAAGAAGUUUCUUGUCAUAUUGCUUGUGCUCCAUUGCCAAAGGACAAAGGGAAGUGAAUUAAGACAUACUUUCUAACUACUGCAUGUUGCAAAUUAUGCAAAGAGUAGUACUCCUACAAUCACUACUACCAAUAUUGCCGACAUCCCUCCUGAUGUGUUGAACCCAAAUGCAGUUCAAUUAGUUUCGAACAUCAAAAGGGAAUAUGCUAAAAUGCCUGAGACUGGAGAUUGGGACUCCUAGCAACAAUCUUGUAUGAAGGGGCUACCAGCCGGAUUGACCAAUAAAUGAUAGUAAUAGCAAUCACAAGAUGAAGUUCAACCACCAAUUGAAAACCAAUGCCAACUCGCAGUAUUCAAAUCACUACAUAUAUAUCUGCAAUAUAUAUAUACACACAUAUACAAAUAUAAUAAUUCAGAAUUGGUGUUUCUUUGGGAGUGAAAUAAUGGAGAUAGUGGGUCGCAAGGGAUAGAGGUUGUGGAGAGAGGAGGUUGAGAAGGCAGUGAGGUUGUUAAUUGGUAAUAAGGAAGAAACAGCUGAGAUGAGGAAGCCAGCAAGGUUCACGAACCGCAAACAAGGCUGUAGAGAAUGGGGCUUCAUCUCAUGCUAAGUCUCAUGGCUUUGAUCAACGAGUUAAAGUUGUUGAAAGAUCAGGACAUGAUAGAGUAGGACUUUGUUAGAUGUCUUCCUAAAAUUUUUCAUCUGCAUUUUUUUUUCUCUCUAAAUUCAGUAGCUGUUUCUCAUAUUGUGUUUUGACCGAAUUUAUUAAUUUAAUUUUCCUUUUUAAGU